CGUCCUCAGGGGGGAUCACUGCAGAAACGCCACACAAAGCGGAAGCAGGAAGCAGCACGCGAGGUCCACGCCCCGCGCCUCUGCCGAGUCUCCCUUCGUUCUCCAGUGCUGGCCAUGAUUGACCCGUCCAAGGACAAAUUCGCCUACUUCAAGGACAACAUCCAGACGGCCGAGGACAAGGAGGAGUUCGACGCCAGCCAGUACUACUACCACCGCGACGAGUUUGCGAGCUCCAAGGGCCCCGGCAGCAGUAGCAACGGCCUAAGUAGCAGCGGAGGACCGCAUCUCAGUCUCUCGUCGUUCCACUCAAUGGGCAGCGGCCUUAUGGACGCCGACUCCGCUGAUCCCAAUAUGGCGCAGCUACACGGCUCGUAUUCAGGCUACAGUAGCGGUCUGAUGCAGGGCGGAUCCAGUUCGUUUCUGAGUGGAUCUGGUGUGGGUCGCAUGCAAGUAGGAGGAAGUGCAAUCCCGCCCACGCAUGAGCUACACCGUAUCAAUUCCGGACGGAGUUUCCCAAUGCCGACCGAGAAUAAGGCUCCAGACAUGUCCGAGUUCCCUGCUCUAGGCUCUAGGAUGGGGUCGUUGUCGCUGGACUCGAGCUUCGAAGGCACAGCAGCCGAGCGGAUGCGUGCACAACCGUCCGAGUUUGUGAUCCAGAAAGAGGAUUUCCCAGCGCUGUCGACGUUUGGCCCUGGUGUGAGUGAGAAGAGUCCCAUGCGACCACCGUCGGAGUUAAAGAGACACUCGAGCUUCACUUCCUCUGCAGCAGACGGCAUGUUAUCCUCACGGUUGGAGCAGCAGAAAGGAGGCACUUCGAUAGGUAGUCGCGCAGGCGGAGCAACGCAAGCAGCAGGAGCCAGUGGCAGCGUAAAUCUAGGCACCGAAGCGUUCGAUCACUUCCGAGCGCCGCGACAGGAUGAACAGACUGAAGCCAGCAACGGCGAGCUGGACCCGAGCAAUCAGUACGGACUUCUGGGCAUGCUGCACACCAUCAUCCGACCAGGCAACGGCGACGCGACCAAGAACUUGGCCAUGGGCUGCGAUCUCACGUCGCUGGGAUUAAAUCUCAACUCGGCAGAACCGCUGUACCCGACGUUCGCCUCGCCCUGGUCUGAAGAGCAGCUGACAAAAGAGCCGCAGUUCUCGUUGCCAAUGUGCUAUUACAACCAGCCCCCGGUGCUCAAGACGACGCACUUGUCCAAAUUCCACCUCGAGACGCUCUUCUUCAUCUUCUACUCGAUGCCCAAGGACGUGCUGCAGGCCUACGCCGCCCAGGAACUUUACAGUCGAGAGUGGAGAUACCAUGCCGAGUUAAAGACGUGGUUGAAACGUGCGUCCCCGGCAGAUGCUGCGCUGUUGGCUGGCAAUGCGAGCUCCUCUGUAGGAGCAUCAAGCAACGGAUCCCCCACUGGAGCAACAGGCAACGGCAGCAUCGGAUCCAUCGGUAGUAGCGCAAGUACGGGGCCCUCAUUAGCCAACAGCUCGAUGACGCCGCAGUUCCUGUACUUCGACACCGCCACAUGGGAACGACGCGUGUUCACGGGCAACAUCAACUCGAUCAGUGGCGGUCUGUUGGGCGAGGAGGAGAUCCGGGUCAAGUUUAACGCGUCUUCGUAAUAUACCGAGGUCUGACCCUGUGUGUUUUGAUAUUAUUCUAUAGUUGUGGUGACAUCCUGAUGGUGCAAGUGCAUUAGGCUUUGGCCAGGAGAGAGCAGGGGGGCAGAGCAGUCGUCAAGCAGGUAGACUUUCGAUCGUCUAGAAGCCUGCAGACUGAUGCGCUUUUCCUCUCUUGUUUUAUUGUCAUUUGAGGCUGCACACACACCAUUUAUAAGAGUUAAUUCAUGGCCGCGCUUCCGACUUGCGAUCACCUAGAGGCGUCCACGAUAUGCUUCCCGCCGAGAGCAAGUUGUAGUUGAUGGAGACGCUCUUGUUGCGUCUGGAUACACGCUAGCAGCUCCUGUUUUUCAACUUGUAGCUUCUCCACUUGAGCGGCACUAUCUGCGACUUGCUGAGUGAGCCGACUAGUGGCAACUGCGUGCUUCUGCUCCAGAGCAGCGACUUUGAUGGUCGUCUCGAGUGUGAGCUGCUUCUCCCUCUUACUGUGGCUUCGCUUCACACCUUCCAGUUGUGCUCGAAGUGCUCUAAAACGGUCCGAAAUACACAGAUAAGGCACGGUAUUGGCAUCAAAAACUACGACUAUCACAACGUACUGGGUCUCCCGUUGAGCGUCGAUGACGAUGGCGUGCAUCCGUGCUCGCAGUCGCGUGAGUUGCAGCUUGGUAGUCGCCUCUCCGCUCGAAUCCGUUGGCUUCUGUGCACAGCUACAAGACUCGACGCCUUCGUCUUCUUCCAGUGGCGCUGACCAUCGUCUGACUUGGUUAUUCUCCAGUCGCUCGUUCUCUCGAGUCCUGACUGUAUCCUCGUCCUCUCCAGUUCCUCGGAUUAAGGUCUGAAGUUCGAUGAUUUUCUGCACGAAAGGAGAUUUAGCUACAAGAUUUGUACGACCAGGAAGAAAACUGCACCCACUUACGGUCUGCAUGAGUUGCUGUUCCGAUGCGCGUCGCUUCUUCUCGUCCUCCAGGCUCUUGACCAGCAACGCCACUUGUUGACGCAGCAUCGUCACUUCAUCUGCGUUCUCGUCCUCAUCGUCGGACGGAAUCGGCCCGUCGAUGAAGUUCCCGAUCGGUGUCGGACUGCUGCAUCCGCUGCUGCAGUUGCUAUGGAUAUUACUCUCGUAACUACCGAACUCUGGGGUGGGGAACAUGGGCGAAACGCAAGGAAAAGGCGCCGUUUGAGCCGUCGGGUCUCGUUUCUCCAAUGGGUUACUGGCAAACGUCCUCGGACUGUGCACCAUGGACACCAUAGCAGCCGACGCAGCCGAACAUCGACGUCUAGGACUGUGUAGUGGCGUGUUUGGGGCAUUUUCAACCGGCUUCCCUAGCAACCGUUGCAACACGGAACGAGGAACGCCACCGACUUGUGGCUCUUGCAUCUGUCGCAUUGAGUUGCCCUGCCACGCUGCUACCAUCUGCGAGCGCUGAUGGCCGACAGGCCACGUGCUGCCAGGAUACUUCGCUUCGUCCAGUCUGGACGCGACCGAUUCAAGUUUGGUAUUGGACGUCACGGUUGGGGACGUCGAAAGGCGUGCCGUUGCGCCUGGUGGCUCCAUGGUCAACUCCCUUCUGCGAUCGAAGGGCUCGGCUCGUCCGCGGGUGGGCGUGAGUGUUUGAAUGCUGGGCUUCUCUCUCUAUUCCUCUAUGAACCUACAGGCCUCCAAGCUGGAGUAACGCCCGAAGUGCCUUGGAUCGAAGCGGAAGAAAUAGGAUAAACCAGAAGCCGCCCCGAAAAAGCACCAAGAAAGAAAAAAAACGCCACUUGGCGAGUGUUUUCUGCUGCGGUGUGCUAAUUUUUCUCAAACGGUGGUCGGACGGGCACCAAGCAGUUGACUUGACUUUUUUUUUUCGCGAAACUACUAAAGGCUUGAAAGACGAAAACAACAUGAAUAUCUUACGAA